CCUUUGCUCAUUUUAAUUAGUUAGCACAGCCCCAUUCCUGCUCUUAUUGGUCCGACCACCUGUCACUCAGACGGUUGUCGGGUUCAUUUCAGUCCAGCUGAUAGUUGUUUCAGAGCAGGUACCAUAAAGUGUGAUUUUUACCAGAAUGGCAGCACGUCUUCUUCUUCGAGCUUGUACAACAACAACAUUGCAGCUGAGGAGCAAUGUGGUAGCUAGACCGUUACACCGUGCCAUAGCCACGGCGAAAGGAGUACCAACAGACGAGGAACAGGCCACUGGACUGGAGCGACGCGCCCUGCAGGCCCUAAAACAUGGAAAGGAUCCCUACAGUAUGCUGAAGCCCAAGGAGUACGCUGGUACCAAGGAGGACCCUCACAUUGUGCCAGGCAUUGGAACCAAAAGGCUGGUGGGCUGUCUUUGUGAGGAAGACAACACGGCUAUUGUGUGGUUCUGGCUUCAUGAGGGAGAUGCCCAGCGCUGUCCUUCCUGUGGUUCCCACUAUCAGCUGGUCCACCACGAGCUGCCCCAUUGAAACUAAAUUUAACAAAAGCUCUGUACAAAUGGGACAAACGACAUUCAUAUUUACCUCCUUAAUGGCCUGCAAUAUGUGCAUAUCAUUCAUCAUUAAAAUGUAUACCUGAACUGUCUUGGAAGAAAUCUUUCAGAUUUUAAUU